GCGUUUUCCGUCCUCCGCAGGCGCACGAGGUCUGGGCAGCGCGACGGGAGCGGGCAGCCCCUGCGAAAAGGCCUGCAACCCCCGGAUGGGCAACCUGGCGCACGGGCGGGCGCUGCAGACGGAGACGGCCUGUGGGCGCCAUGCUGCUGAGCCCUUCUGUGCCUACACUGAGGACGCUCAGCACCGCUGCAAGCGCCCCACCUGUGGCCGGUGCAGCGGGGCCCACGCGGGGCUGGCCCACCCCCCUGCUGCCAUGGCUGACUCCCCCUUUCGCCUGCCCCGCACCUGGUGGCAGGCGGCCCAGGACGCCCCCAGCGAGACCAUCCGGCUGGACCUGGAAGCCACCUUCUACUUCACUCACUUGAUUUUGGUCUUCAAGUCACCCAGGCCAGCUGCCAUGGUGCUGGAGCGCUCCCAGGACUUCGGCGAGACGUGGAUGCCUUACAAAUACUUUGCUGCUAACUGCUCGGCCACCUUCGGGCUGGAGGAUGACGUGAGUCAGAGAGGAGCCAUUUGCACUUCCAGAUAUUCGAGUCCCUUCCCCUGCACCGGAGGAGAGGUGAUAUACCGAGCCCUGUCACCGCCUUACGCUGCGGAGGACCCAUACAGCGCAGAAGCCCAGGCACAGCUGAAGAUCACCAACCUGCGUGUGCGGCUGCUGGAGCGGCAGGGCUGCCCCUGCCUCCCGGCAAGCCUGGCCCCCCGGCCGCUGCAGCCCCCGCCGCCCCUGCACUACGCCGUCUACGACUUCAUCGUGAAGGGCAGCUGCUUCUGCAACGGCCACGCUGACCACUGCGUUCCCGUCGCUGGAUUCAAGCCCAUCAAGGCAGCCGGUGUUUUCCACGUGGUCCAUGGGAAAUGCAUGUGCAAGCACAACACAGCAGGGUCCCACUGCCAGCACUGUGCCCCGCUCUACAACGACCAGCCUUGGCAGGCUGCCGACGGCAAAACUGGAGCCCCCAAAGAGUGUCAGUCAUGCAAGUGUAAUGGGCAUGCCGACACUUGUCAUUUUGACAUGGAUGCGUGGCUGGCAUCAGGCAAUCACAGCGGCGGCGUCUGCGACAACUGUCAGCACAACACAGAAGGGCAGCACUGCCAGCGCUGCAAGCCGGGCUUCUACCGGGACCUCAGGAAGCCCUUCUCUGCCCCAGAUGCCUGCAAACCCUGCUCCUGCCACCCACUGGGAUCAGCCACACUCCCCCUGGGCCCCCGCACCUUCUGCGACCCCAGCACCGGCGACUGCCCCUGCAAGCCCGGCGUGGGUGUUUUCCAUAACCUUCACCGAUGCUUCCUCUCCAUGAGCAAAAUCUCGGACGUGACCUGGCACCACGAAGCACCUCCUUUCCAGGCGGUGCUCAACGAGAGCGAGCCCGCCUGGGGCUGGGAAGACGAGCAGGGCUUCUCGGCGCUCCGGCACUCCGGCAAAUGCGAAUGUAAAGAGCAAGUUUUAGGGAAUCCCAAGGUCUUCUGCGGGAUGAAGUACACCUACGUGAUCAAGACGAAGAUCUUGUCAGCUCACGACAAAGGCUCCCAUGCAGAAGUCAAUGUGAAGAUCAAGAAAGUCUUGAAAUCUACAAAGCUGAAGAUCCUCCGGGGCAAGAAGACACUCUACCCUGAAUCCUGGACUAACAGAGGCUGCACUUGUCCCAUCCUCAAUCCUGGCUUGGAGUACCUCGUGGCAGGACACGAGGAUGUCCAAACGGGCAGACUCAUCGUCAACAUGAAAAGUUUUGUCCAUCAGUGGAAGUCGGCUCUCGGAAGAAAGGUCCUGGAGAUUUUGAAAAGAGACUGCAACUAGAGGUGCGUGACUGCCUAGGGCAUUUCUUUAUGCACAAAAUGCAACAGCCUUCACAGAGAGAAGACCUCUAGGAUGAAAACUGGAAUGUAAGAAAAUAGUGCCAAAACGUGUAGCGAGGCGUUCAGAGUUGUAGGCGCUGUCUAAUUUAACCCUUCCUGGCCAAUGUUCAUCCACUCGCCUGUAGCUUCCUUGCCAGGGGCUCACCUGAGCCCAGCUCAUCAUUACGUUGAGGGAAACAAAAGGAAGGGCGGACGCUUGUCUCGCUUCAGUGCCAUGUUGGAGCAACUCCUAUGAAGCCACUGAUCGCCCCAGACUAAAUUGCCACCCUAGAGAGGGAAAGUGUACCCACAAGCUACAGCUGAGAAGCAAAACACUGCUGCCAGUGCUGCCUGCGCAG